CGCUGCCCCACGGUCGGCCGCACUCCGCUAAACAACAAUGCUUUAAAACACACCGUAACCACAAACCUCACCGUAACGCAGUCGGCGAUGCUCGAGAUCUGGGCGGCGAGCGAGGCCGUCGGCGAGCGGUCGUGAUCUUUGUAAUAUAUGUUAACGGCAAGAGAAUUAAAUUUUAAACUGAUCGUGUUUAACAGAGGGUCGGGAGUGUAGUUGUAGCGCGAGGGUGGGUGUCGCGCGGAAGCGGGCGCGGGAGCGGGCGCGGGCGCGCGGGCGGGCGAUGGCGCGGCGCGGCGGGGAGGCGCGCGGCGCGGCGGCGGCGCGGCGCUGACAUGGGCGGGCGCGCGCGCCGCGGUCUGCUGGCGGCGCCCGCGGGCCUGCUGCUGCUGCUGGGCCUGCUGUGGCCGUGGGGGGUGCGCGGCGGCUAUCACGAGAAGCGGCUGCUCCACCACCUGCUCGACCACUACAACGUGCUGGAGAGGCCCGUGGUCAACGAGAGCGACCCACUGCAGCUCUCAUUCGGCCUCACGCUCAUGCAGAUCAUUGACGUGGAUGAAAAGAACCAGCUAUUAAUAACGAACAUCUGGCUCAAACUGGAAUGGAAUGAUAUGAACUUGAGAUGGAACACUUCUGAUUUUGGCGGGGUCAAAGAUUUGCGAGUGCCGCCCCACAGGCUAUGGAAACCAGAUGUCCUCAUGUACAAUAGCGCCGACGAAGGCUUCGACAGCACAUAUCCGACGAACGUAGUGGUGCGCAACAACGGCUCUUGCCUGUACGUGCCGCCCGGGAUCUUCAAGAGCACCUGCAAGAUCGACAUCACGUGGUUCCCCUUCGACGACCAGCGCUGCGAGAUGAAGUUCGGCAGUUGGACCUACGAUGGAUAUCAAUUGGACCUUCAACUUCAAGACGAAGCGGGCGGGGACAUUAGCAGUUUUGUCACGAACGGUGAAUGGGAGCUUAUAGGUGUACCGGGCAAGCGCAACGAAAUCUACUACAACUGCUGUCCAGAGCCUUACAUCGACAUCACGUUCGCGGUGGUGAUCCGGCGCAAGACGCUGUACUACUUCUUCAAUCUUAUCGUGCCGUGCGUUCUCAUCGCCUCCAUGGCUCUUCUGGGGUUCACGCUGCCACCGGACUCUGGCGAGAAACUUUCGUUGGGUGUGACGAUUCUUCUGUCGCUGACGGUGUUCCUCAACAUGGUGGCGGAGACGAUGCCGGCGACGUCUGACGCGGUGCCGCUCCUGGGCACAUACUUCAACUGCAUCAUGUUCAUGGUGGCUUCUUCCGUCGUAUCUACCAUCCUCAUCUUAAACUACCACCAUCGGCACUCGGACACGCACGAGAUGAGCGACUGGAUCCGAUGCGUAUUCCUGUACUGGCUGCCUUGGAUCCUGCGCAUGUCGCGGCCGGGCUCGGCGGCCACGCCGCCGCCGGCGCGCGCGCCGCCGCCGCCCGACCUGGAGCUGCGCGAGCGCUCCUCCAAGUCGCUCCUCGCCAACGUGCUCGACAUCGACGACGACUUCCGGCAUGGGCACGCGCAGCAGCCCGCCUGCUGCCGAUACUACAGGUCCCUCGACGAUCUACACGAACACUACUCGCCGCCGGGGGGCGGAGAGGAGAAUGGGGCGGGGAUCGCUGCGCACAGCUGCUUCGGUGUCGACUAUGAGCUUUCGCUCAUUCUCAAAGAAAUUCGAGUCAUCACAGAUCAGAUGCGCAAAGAUGACGAAGAUGCGGACAUUUCGCGCGACUGGAAGUUCGCCGCCAUGGUCGUGGACAGACUGUGCCUUAUUAUCUUUACCCUGUUCACAAUCAUCGCCACGCUAGCCGUGCUGCUGUCCGCGCCCCACAUCAUGGUGUCGUAGCGACCCGCCCGCUUGCGGCUACGGCUGCGCGUGCGUAAACGUUCUGUGAUACCGCGAAUAUUUGUUAAUAUGUGCAUGCGAUCAAACGGCGCGGGCGCGGCCGCUGCGAGUUCCAAGUUGCUUACGUUAGCCACCGCCCCCGCGCCUCCCUAUAGUAAUAAGUUAACGCUGAUCGAACUGCCAUCCCCCUGCGCUCAACCGAAUACUGCCCAUCUUAAUCCCCUUCAAGUUUUCUUCCUUCCACCAGCAGCUCUUGCUCUUGUUGUUUGAAGAAUUUAUGAUCGUUGUCAUGCUAGGGGAAAGUUUCACUGACUGGUGCGCGUGCACACCAUGGCACGGCGACAGCGCGAUGCCCUUCUCACAUAAGUGGUCCCAAGUUCACCAUCCUGUCCGAGACACCGUGGCGAUGGCGGCAGCCGAGAGGUCCGCGCUAGUGUACUUACUCACAUCUGAGAAUGGCUGCAAGUCGUUUCGGCGGCUGAUUAUAAAAAUGUUAGCACAAAAACGUCUUCCUUCAUACCGUUGAACGACCUGGUUCGCAUUUAAAAUUUAAACUUUGUUAAAACUUUCUCGAUUCUUGAAAUCUAUUGUACAGUUUAGGAUUUGGGCAGUAAGGCAAGGCCCUUUGUUUCCUUAUUCUUGUUCGAUUCCGUGAAUCGUGGUUACGACCCUUAUUUAUUUUCGGAUGUAUUUGUGUCCGUAGCUAGUAUAGAACUUUACAAACAAUGUUAUGAUUCAAUUGGUACAGGUUGUGAUAUGCCUCGUUGUGAACGGGUCGAUAUUGUUAUAAAUGGUAAAAUAUCCAAAGCUUAUAGCUUAAUAAAACAUUCGUUAAAAGUUAUAGUUAAACAAAGUAUUAUUUUAUUAAAAUCGUACCUGGUCUUUCGGAGCGAGUUAUACAAAUAAUAAAAUAACUUACAUGAUAACACGUUUACACAUCUUUUCAAUACCGUUACCGUAUCUUAAUACCGAGCAGUUAGUAAACUGCCGAUCUUAGCUUUUGCGCUCCCCAUUAUUAAAUUUUGACAAUUAAUAAACAAACUACCUAUCCUAAGAAUUAAGUAAACAUAACGAAUUUGAACAUUUAUUCAUAUGAAUCAGUUAAAUAUCAAUCAGUCUACUUACAUUCAUUUUAUGUUGUCGUAUUACAUAAUGUACGACUGACGUGCCUAUAACUGACGACAUAGUACAAUGAGUCAACGCAUAAGUACCACCUUACCCAUUUGCAUUUCACUGCCACCGGCUAUACCUCAUCAAGUUAUUAUUCUUAAGAUACGACGCAAUAACGAUUAUGUUCGAUGAAUUAUGUAAUAAAAUCCUUAAAAGUCAUGUUAAUAAAAUACAGUUUUUACUUUAAUGUUUAGUUCUAGAAAACAUUGUUACCCUUUUAGGAGGAAAACAUCACAUAUGAGUGCGCGGAUACACGUUUCGAAAACAAUGUACCCUCGCAUCGUUUUUCAUGUUUUCCUUCUCCAAGGAAGUAUGAUCUAAAACGGCCCAUUGGAAGUUGCGGACCGUCUGUGAUUGUAAAGCCAAUGUUUUCGUUCGGGAACGCAAUUCCCUUGUUUAGUUAUUGUUGUAAAUAUCGUAUCAUCGACCACUCUGUGUCGGUUGCGUGACGAGAGCGAGCCGAGUGGUGGCCGCCGCGUAGCGUGGCCCCUGGCCGGCGGCGGCGCCCGCUGGGCCCAGCGCGGUACGCUACGCGGCCUCCGACGGCGACGGACGACCUCUGUCCCAAUGAUUUGUACAAUUGUUAGGGUUAAUACUCUGGAUUGCAUUUUAUUUCAAUAUAAACAAAUGAAAACUUGAA